AACCCAUAAUUUUUUUUUUUUUUUUUUUCAGUCGUGAUUCCUCCUGCAGCAGCGAGAAUCGGCUUUAAUUUUUUUUUUUCUCCCGAAACUAGAAAAUGGCUGAUGGUGAAGACAUUCAACCCCUUGUCUGUGACAAUGGAACUGGAAUGGUUAAGGCUGGUUUUGCUGGGGAUGAUGCACCAAGGGCUGUCUUUCCAAGUAUUGUGGGUCGUCCUCGCCACACUGGAGUGAUGGUUGGAAUGGGACAGAAGGAUGCAUAUGUUGGCGAUGAAGCUCAAUCCAAGCGUGGUAUUCUAACCCUCAAGUACCCAAUUGAGCAUGGUAUUGUCAACAACUGGGAUGACAUGGAAAAAAUCUGGCAUCAUACUUUCUACAAU